AUGGCGUCCUUCCUCCCACUGAUCCAAGAUAUCCUACCGAUGAUCCUACCCACAUCCGUCGCCGUCACCAAAGCGGCCGACAUCCUACCCCCCGAGCCCGAAACCCGCGCCAUCGAAUCAGAAAACGGCGGGACCACGACGACGGGCGUCAAAGUCAUCAGCAGACAUGCCGUUGUCAACAUGACAGACAGCAUGUGCACCUCCGUGCUCGUUGUAAAACCCGGUUCCUCAACUUCAGUACGCCACCAUGGCGAACAAGAAACUAUCAUCUACGCGGUCUCAGGCAAGGGGUCCCUUCUCUCCCAACCGCGCGGGGACAAAGAGGAGCCCGAACGUCAUGAACUUGGGCCGGGGGAUUUUGCUUUUGUCCCGGCGUGGACGGAGCACCAAAUAUCGAACGAUUCGACCGUCGAUUUCCAUCUAGUGAUCGUCCGCAAUGGUGGGAGUCCCGUCGAGGUACACCUCACCGGCUGGGGCGGUCCUGAAGCGAGGCCAAAACGAUGA